CCUAUAAAUACCGAAUCAAGUCAAAAUUUUAAAUCAUAAACAAUUUUAACCAUCAUGCAGUUUUUAAACAUUUUCACUUUAUUACUGGUAGCUUUAGUAUCCUAUACCUCUGCCCAAAGAUGUGUCGGUCCACGUGCACCAUCUUGUGCUGGUCCCCGCAAUGUAGGUCGUGGCGGCCGCGGUUGUACGGCCCGCACUAUGUGGCAUUGGGAUCCUAGUACCCGACUUUGUCGUGAAAUGCGUUACUUAGGUUGUGGUGGCAACAACAAUCGUUGGUGCACGCGUUCCGCCUGUGAACAGAGAUGUCGUAGUCGCCGCGGUUAAAUUAUGACUUUUUGAUCCAAUAACUUUGUUGGAAAAAAAAACAUUCAAUAACAUUUAAUUAAAAUUGCAAAUAAUUUACA